CUGCCGUGCUCCUGCCGGGCGACUCACCGGUCCCCAGAUUUACUUGCAUCCAGCGGCCACUUCUCCAGCAGUCUCAGAAAAUUCCGGUAGCUGUUCCUUGCCAUGCCUCACUCAGCCUGUCACAAUGAGCAGGUUACGUAGGCCAUUAGAUUCCGCUACGCGAUACAAAGCGGAGCAGCUCCAAACAACAUUGCCAGAUUGUCGUACUCUGCCUCUUAUGUUUGCCGAUUUCCGACCCCAAAACUGCUUUCAUCACCCAAAUAACUGCCUUCAUAUAUGGUUAUCGUUUAAAUGAUUAAUUCUUGGUGCUUCUUGGCCUCAGUUAUGGGCCAGAAACGGGUAAAUACGCGGCUCUGAGUACGGUAAUCUGGCAACGGUGGCUCCAAAGAAGAAGAAGAAGAAGAGGGUGUUUGUGUGGCGCCGUUGCAGAGGCCAAGCCACGGACAUCGGUGUGAGGGUGAAGGCGUCGUAGGGUCCACGUUUGUCCCCCUGAGUCCCUGUCAUCCUAGGCCGCCGUCACCUGGGCACCUGCCGGCAUGGAGUUCGGGCCGGACAGUGAGCCCAAUGCGGUGAGUGGCGCGUGUGGAGGGGCGGGCGUGGCUGCAGGGGUGUGCAGGUCAGGCAGCCACCGGGCGAGUGACCAGGAUGUUCGGUUCAUCGCCAACCACAUUCCAGUUUUCAACCCUGAAGAGUGUUCCUUCCCUCAUGGAAAUUGCAGCCUGGUGGCCACUGCUUCAAAGUUUGGCCGCAUUUUUGUGGCAUGUGGAACACAAAUCAAAGUUUUUGACUCCAAGACUGUGUGGGAUGAUCCUGCAGGCAGUCUCUUGACCACACUCAGUGUUGGGGCGCAGGUGACCCACGUGGCUGCCAGCUGUGAUGGUCUAACCCUCCUGGUGACCGUCCUCCAUGAACACGCUCCUCAUGCUCUCUUUUAUGAGAUACGUGGCUUGGUUCCAGGGUGUGGACAGCAGACACCCUUACUGAGCAUGGGACUCGCUGGGGCAGGCAGUCAGGUGCACACCCUUGCUUGGAACCCCACAGACCCUGGCAGUGUGGCAGUAGCCCUUUCACCCUCCUCCCUCAUACUCCUCACCCUAAAGGAAAACAAGGUGGAGUCAAAAUCAGAGAACAUUGAGGCGAGGGCACUGGGCUGGUCACCAAAGGGGAAGCAGCUGACUGUGGGUCUGGAAGAUGGGACACUAAAGCUUUUCAAACCAGACCUAACAGCUGUGCGCAACAUCCAGCGGCCGCCCAUGGCUGAAGCUUCUGCUGUGCUCAGUGUCACUUGGUUCAACAACACGGAGUUCUUCAUUGGCUACAAGAGUUCAGCAGAGGAAGGAGCACAUGUGAUUAUGUACGUCAAUGCACCAAAAGCCAAGGAGCCCAAGUUUGUUGCAUAUGAAUACGUGUGCAACUACAACCAGGGGCCCCGGUCACCCUUGUUCUACCCCCACUAUUUCCCAGAAUGGUCUCUUCUGUGCGUGAUGUCCUCCCGUGCCGUGGCCAUGGCAGUGCUGGGGCGGCCUGGCGGCUCCACUGAGGGCUGGUGUGAAUAUGAGAUAGAUGAGGGCUGUAUAGCUGCCGUGCACAAUGUUUCCAUAACAGAGGAGACAUUCCCUCUGGGCCUGGCAGUUGACUUCACCUCCCAGAAGACCUUCACAGCAAAAGACAACAAAGUUUCCGGCCCAUGCCCAGUCCUCUACACCUUGUCCACGGGGGGAGAACUGAAUCUUUUCCACAUAGUUAAUGAGAGGCCUGGUGCUGAAGCUUUGACCAAACUCCCGGAGAGCCUUCCAGCCACUGGACUCCGUACACCCCAACAGUUUGGAAGGCUUGCCAGCUAUCCCAUGAAUAAGACUGCACCCUCCUCAGCACCCAGCACCUUCUCAGUACCCCAGACUGCUCUGCCUGCAGCACAAACACCCAUGGCACCAAGCCCAUCGCCAGCAUCACAACAAAAGGCGGACACCUUUAGUUUCAACCCUCCAGCACAGGCGUCCUCUCCCUUCUCAGCCUCACCGCUGCAGACUCUGAGUGCUAAUUUCAAGCCACCUCAAACUCAGUCAUCAUCAGUAACUACAAGUCUAUUCCCCAAGAGUGAACCAGCAGCAUCUACUUCUUUCUUUAAUGUUCAAGGACAGAAUGAAGGUACCAAAACUACCCCAGCAUUCCCAGCUACACCUUUUAAGCCACCACAGAUCAUUACCACAUCACAGGACUUCAAGUUUCCUAACUGUCCAUUACCUCAACCAAGCACUCCAGCAAUGUCAGUCAAUCCUGCUGCAAAGGUUGACACCAAGCCACCACCUGUCAUCAUAACUGCCGUGACUCCCAAGGCAACAGACACGAAGCCUCUGAGUGUGGGUCCUCCCGCCAGACCCCCUCAGGCUGUGGUGGCGGAGUUGGAUGAGACACUUCUCUCCACCAUUGAAGCUGCCAGAGUUGACUUUGAGAGAGAACUAGAGGACCAUAAGAGCAUGGGAGACCUACCCAACCAGAUUGGUGAGCAAGAGGAGAUGGGCAUGCUGAGGUGUUCCCUGGGCGAGGCUGCAGAAUGGGUGGACCAGAUGAACUCCACCACAUCGGAGCUGAAGGGGGAAGUGGGCCAGCUUCACUCAGAGGUCCUUGAGGGCUUCACUCUAGCCGAGGAGGCGGAGGCACAGGUCAACAAGAAGAUUAAAAAUCCCCGUCACUGCCAAGCCCUGCAGCCACAGACUCUGGACCCACACAGUCGCAAGCAAAUGGAAGAGAUUCGCUCACGGUACCAGUACCUGCAGAGUCAACUGUCUGAAAUAGACACACGGCUCCACCUUGACUGGGCUGCAUACAGAAAUGAACAAAACAAAAAAAAGAAAAAGGAGUUGCCUGCCUCAGAAACUUUGUACCAGGCGCUGAAGAAAUGCCAUUAUGCCAGAAAGGUGUGUGAGCGUCGAGUUGAUUCACUGUGUGAGCGCAUCAAGGACCUCCACCUCCACUCCCUCAGCGGCCUGGCAACCUCACAGACAAAUCAAGACGAUGAUGAGAUCCUGGAUAAUCUGGAGAAAUCACUUCGGGAGACCUCCAUAUCAGCCCCUUCCCACAUGUCCCCCUUCAAGAUGCUUUCCCCACGGAAGCAAGAAAGCCUUCAGAAAGCUCUGUUGCAGAGGAACUUCAUACCCCUAAGAAAGUGUUCCAGAUCACCACGCCUGGACAUGAGCUCCUUGGAGAACCUCUCUCCUGGGCACACCCCCCAAGGCUCCCACCACUCCUCCUACUCAGCCAACACAGGACACUCACUGAUGGAGUCCUUCGGUCCUCAGACAUUUUCGACCCCCGUGCGGAACAACAUCGAUGCAGCUGAAACUAAAGGCAUCUCAGAGGCUAGCAUGACACAAACAAGUGAUGCCAUUUCAGGAGCAGCAGCACCUAAGCCACAGUAUGAGGACAUCACACCUCCACAAACCCCAGACAGCAGGCUGACUCAGAGUGCCAAGCCCACAAGCCCUCUGCGGGCUCUCUCACGUUUGGUGUCCGAAGUGCCCACUACUACUGGGACCUCUGACACUAAGACUCCUGGGAUUCCUAUGCUUCCUGAGAGCAAAACAGCAUUCCGAGGCUUUGGUGAUGGAGGGUCAACCCAUGGGGCCCUCAAGAUUCCAGUAACAGUGGCCUCUGGACCUCCUCUGGGAGCCUUCAAACCUGUAACCUCUGCUUCCCUCUCCAAGACAACGCUUGCCUUUCCCUUCACACAGUUCGUCCCACCCAGCACAGUUGCUCAGGGCAGUGCAGCUCAGCAGUCCAUGUCUCAAAGCCUUACUGGAAGUUCUAGCCUGUUAUUUCAGCCUCCUCCAGGGGCAUCAGAGAAUGCCAGUUUUCCUCAUACUACAAGCAGUGAAAUUUCACAGAAGACUGAGGUCAAUAGUGGUAUGUUUUUCAACCCUCCAGCCUCCAUCAGUGAAUCUCAUACUCAGGCUUCUGACAAGUCAGAAACCUCAACAGUACCUUUUAGCAAGCCCUCAAGUCAUCCACUAGCAUCUUGUUCUCAGGAGCAAAGCGUCUUUGAGUCAGCAGGCAACACCUCCACUCCUGGCCCUGUGAAUGCCCCUCAGACCUUUACAAGUAUGCCAUUGCACUCUUCAACAGCAGAGACAGACUCAGUCUCCUCCUCAUCUUCAGCAGACUCUGACACUGCCUCAAAUGCCACUGUCAUUGGGGACAAUACAGAAGGCCAGGAGCCACCAGCUGAGAGGCUAAGGGACAUGGCUACCAGUCAAGGAGGCUCCCUUAGGGCAGCACUGGAUGGCUCCUCCACUCAGCAAAGUAAUACUGCUGGUCUCAAGCAGUCUGGUUCUAAUUCCCAACCCAGUUCAUUCUUGGCAACCUCAGGAAACCUCUUUGGAAACAGCAGUGGCAUGAUGUUUGGUGGUAGUUCAUCCACAAACAGUGGUAUCUUUGGAGCCAAAACUUCUAUAGAUGCAGGAAAACUUGCACCAUCUACCACUGCUGUUACCACCACUUCCACUACAGCCACUGUCUCCAUGCCUACCCCUACCAUAACUUCAGCAAGCCUAUUUAUGUCACCUUCCACAGUCUCUGGUGGCUUCUUUACAGGUACAGCUAUGACAGCCUCAGAAAGUGUUGUCACUACUUCCACCACAGUUUCAAGUAGCCUCUUUGGUGUUCAGCUCACUACUUCUAGUAAAGGUCUUUUGGGUAGCUCCACAUCUACAGCAACCACAGUACCAAUGCCUGUGAUGACCUCUGCAACAACUAGCAGCACCACUUUAGGAACAUCAACAACUGCAAGUAUCUUUGGGGGCUCAAAACCCACAUCUGGAGGAACCGUUUUUGAAGUGCCAACCACCUCUGGUGGUGGCAUCUUUGGAGCCUCGUCCACAACCACAGGAAGUGUUUUUGGAACUGUAGGAACAUUAAGUGGAAGUAUUUUUGGAACAGCAGGGACUGCAGCUAGCACUGGAAACACUUUUGAGGCAUCAUAUGCUAAUAAUAAAACAUCUGAUGGAAAUUUAUUUGGAAAUACAGAAACAGAUACAGACACAGCAUCAAAUGUGCCUACUUUGAUAUCUGCUGCUUCAGGCUCUUCAAAUAUUUUUGGAACAGCAAGCACACCAGCGACUAGCAGCAUCUUUGGAUUACCCACAACGGCUGUAUCUACAACAGGCAGUGGAAGUAUUUUUGGAAUCUCAACAACAGCUUCAGGAAGUAUUUUUGGGGCCACAAGUACCUCUGGAAGCCUUUUCAGUACAGCAGCUACAACAUCCGCCGGGAGCAUAUUUAAAACACCUACAAGUUCAGGCUCUGAAGGCAUUUUUGGAUCAUCUGCUGGUAGCACAUCAGGCAGUAGCAUCUUUGGAACUCAAGCUAAAACUGAUGCAACCACUCCAAGCAUAUUUGGAUUAGCAAAGAACAGCACUGGCAGCCUGUUUGGGGGGACUGCUCACAGUGGAACCUCCACCACCUCAGCCUCCACAACCACCUCUACUGCUUCUGCCUCCACCUCCACCACCACCUCUUCUGCCCCAGUUCUAACCAUGGGGCUGUUCUCUGCUCCUCCUGCUGGUGGAUCUCCCUCCUUCAAUCUCUCCAUUCCUUCAGGAGGAGGCUCAGCCACCUCAGGUGCUUCCACACUCUUCUCAUCCCAAACUACCACCCCAGCCACUGGGGCAUCCUUCUCAGCUGGAGGGAUUUUUAGUGCCUCCUCCACUACCAGCUCUGCUUUCACUAGUCUGACAACCUCCAGCUCUGCUUUCACAUCCCCCAGCUCCUCUGGUGCCCCAUCACUCACCCCUGGCACCAUUGCUGCAGCCACCACUUCCAGCUCAGUGUUUGGUCAAGGCUCCCAAAGCACCUCAGGCUCAGUGUUUGGAGGUGCACCAUCUCCCCAAGGUCCCCAUUUUGAUGGGGGAGGUCAGGGCAGUGGAGGCUUUGGCACCUCAACUCUUGGCGGGAGCAUAUUUGGUGGCUCAGGGGGACAGUCACUCUUUGGAAACACCUCCUCAAGCUCCAUCUUCGGCCAGACAUCAGCAGCAAACACACCUUCACCUUUCUCCUCCGUUAGCACUUCCAAGGCAGAAUCUUCACCAUUUGGAGGCUCUUCAGUAUUUGGGUCUGGAGGUGGUGGGGGAGGUGGCUUCUUCAGUGGCCUUGGCAGCAAGCCUACUGCAGAAAGUGCUAACAAGAAUGUGUUUGGGACAACUUCUCUAUCAAAUGCAGCACCACAGACCAGUUUAUUUGGUAACAACAACAGCACCAGUCCCUUUCAAAGCAGCAUCUUUGGGGGAAGCAACACAAGUGGCAGUGCUGGCACAGGCAGCUUCAGUGGUGGCAGUGGACCUGUGGCUAACACUGGCUUUGCUGUCACCUCUCCACAGACACCCCAAGGCUUUGGUGGGGCAGCAACCUUUGGGGGCAGCCCCUCCUUUGGGGGAGGUCCCACAUUUGGUUCACCUCCAAGGAUAGCAUCCCAGAGCCCAGUGUUUGGAGGCUCUUCAACAUUUUCAUCUCCACUCAGUUCUUCCACAGAUCCUACAAGUCCUGCAGGUGGUGGUUUCAGUGUCUUUGCUUCCUCCGGUGGUGCUACCUUUGGCUCCAUUGCAGGGUCAUCAGGCUCCGGCACCAGCGGUGGCUUUGGAGGCUUUGCCAACCAAACCAACACACCAACUUUUGGCAGCGUUGCACAACAGAGUAAUAACCAGUCAUCAGGGGAUGCCUUCGGGGCAGCUGCAGGAACCACUUUUGGAAGUGGAAGCAGUUUCUCCUCUUGGCGUUGAGGUCCUGUCUCCUCAUGCCUGGACUCCUCACAAGAACUGCAGAACCUGAGAAGACAAAUAUGUAUUUGUCAUUGUGAUUAUGAUAUUUCAAAUUUACAGAAAAUGUCAUUAAUGUUCGGUUUUAUGUUUUUUAUUUAUCAUUUUAAAAGCAUUUUACAGUUCAGUACACAUGAUGAUAAUUUAUUAUCUGACAUUUUCUUUAGCCUUUUAAGUCCAUAUACAAUUUAUAGCAUUGUUUCUGGGGUGCUGGGAGAUUAUAUGAUACUUUUGUUAAAAUAUCCCACCAACUAGAACAUAUUGAUUGCUCUGAAUAUGUAUUCCUUCUUUUGAGAAAGUUAUACAUUAUAAUAUACAUUAACCUGAAAUAAAGAAGUUACAUGCUUCA